UCGCUGGCUCGCCAAUGCGCCCGCCCUUCCGCCGUCCGCUCCUCUGUCGCCGCCCUUCAGGUCCGCAAUGCCGGUUCCAGCGCCACCACUGCUGAGAGCUACACCAGCCCUUUCCGCGGCACCAGCAACCACCGCGACACUACCCACAUCCCCGACUUCAAGAAGUACCGCAACACUGGUGGCGAGACCCAGAACAAGGUCUUCCAGUACUUCAUGGUCGGAACCUUUGGUGCUGUGACCGCUCUCGGCGCAAAGGCCACCGUUCAGGGUAUGCACAGGACUUCAUCAUACACCCGCUAUGCCUCUAACAUGCGCUGCANNGACUUCCUCGUCAACAUGUCGGCUUCCGCAGAUGUCUUGGCCCAGGCCAAGGUUGAGAUCGACCUCGCCGCCAUCCCCGAGGGCAAGAACGUCAUCAUCAAGUGGAGAGGAAAGCCCGUCUUCGUCAGACACCGCACCGCCGACGAGAUCAAGGAGGCCGAGGACGCCAAGUGGGAGGCUCUCCGUGACCCCCAGCCCGACUCUGACAGAGUCAAGAAGCCUGAGUGGCUCGUCAUGCUGGGCGUCUGCACUCACUUGGGUUGUGUGCCCAUUGGUGAGGCCGGUGACUUCGGCGGCUGGUUCUGCCCCUGCCACGGUUCACAUUACGACAUUUCCGGCCGUAUUCGCAAGGGUCCCGCCCCCUUGAACCUCGAGGUUCCCGAGUACGACUUCNCCGAGGAGAACUCCCUGAUUAUUGGU